GGAACAUGUCUCUGCAGAAUGUGAAAGCUUGACUCCAGUACGCCAUCAGAACACUUCAAGAUCUGUGCUGUGAAACCCUGCUAAUUGUCUCUCCGUAUUUUCCAUCACUGCAGAAUGAGCACGUGCUGCUGGUGCACGCCGGGUGGUGUCUCCACCGCUGACCUCCUGAAGCGCUAUGCCGCCAGGACCUGCUCCAGGGAGUUCCAGACAGCUGAUGAGGACCUCUGCUACUGCUUAGAGUGUGUGGCUGAGUACCACAAGGCGAGAGAGAGCUUGCCGUUCCUGCAUGAGGCUUUGUGGGAAUUAGAAACCUUACGGCUCAUAAAUUACUUUGAAAAAUCCAUGAAGGGAGAAAUCGGAGAUGACGAUGAGUUGUACAUAGUAGACAACAACGGGGAGGCGCAGCUGUUUGACUUCACCGGCCAAGACUUUGAAAACAAGCUUCGAGUUCCUCUUCUUGAAAUUCUGAAGUAUCCUUACCUCCUUUUGCAUGAACGCGUUAAUGAGUUAUGUGUUGAAGCCCUUUGUCGGAUGGAACAAGCUAAUUGCUCUUUCCAGGUUUUUGACAAACAUCCAGGGAUUUAUUUGUUUUUGGUCCAUCCCAAUGAAAUGGUUCGACGUUGGGCUAUCCUGACUGCAAGGAACUUGGGAAAAGUGGACAGAGAUGACUACUAUGACUUACAGGAAGUUUUGACUUGUCUUUUCAAAGUCAUUGAGUUGGGGCUUUUGGAAAGUCCGGACAUCUAUACCUCAUCUGUCCUUGAGAAGGGCAAACUGAUUCUUCUCCCCUCACACAUGUACGACACUGCCAACUACAAGAACUACUGGCUUGGUAUUUGCAUGUUGCUGACCAUUCUCGAAGAGCAAGCCAUGGAUUCACUGUUGUUGGGCUCAGAAAAGCAAAAUGAUUUCAUGCAGUCAAUACUUCACACCAUGGAGAGGCAAGCAGAUGAUGAUAGUGUGGACCCUUUUUGGCCAGCGUUACACUGUUUCAUGGUGAUUCUCGAUCGCCUUGGAUCUAAGGUCUGGGGUCAACUUAUUGAUCCCAUUGAGGCCUUUCAGACAAUCAUCAACAAUGCGAGCUACAACAGAGAGAUCCAGAACAUACGGAACAGCUCUGCAAGGACCAAGUAUGAACCGGAGUCACUUUUGGAUGACAUGGUGUCUUGCAGCCAGAUUGUGUACAAUUAUAACCCUGAGAAGACCAAAAAGGACUUGGGGUGGAGAUCAGCCAUUUGCCCAGAUUACUGCCCUAACAUGUAUGAAGAGAUGGAAACACUAGCCAGCGUGCUCCAGUCGGACAUUGGUCAAGACAUGCGUGUUCACAACAGCACAUUUCUGUGGUUCAUCCCUUUCGUUCAGUCCCUCAUGGACCUGAAGGACCUGGGCGUGGCUUACAUCGUGGAGGUCAUCCACCAUCUCCACUCCGAAGUCAGAGACGUGCUCGGCCAAGCAGAUGCCAUGUGUGACAAAGUGACUGAGUUUUUCCUUCUCAUUUUGGUGUCAGUGAUUGAGCUGCAUAGAAACAAAAGGUGUUUGCACUUGCUGUGGGUCAGCUCCCAGCAGUGGGUGGAGGCGGUGGUGAAGUGUGCCAAGCUUCCUGCCACCGCGUUCGCGCGGACGUCUGAGAAGUCCGCUGGCAGCUGCUCCAGGGGGUCAGCCGUGGCGUCCUCGCUGGCACUGCAUGCGCUGCCAUCCAACUCCGUGCAGCUUGCUUGUGUGCAGCUGAUCCGGAGUCUCCUCAAAGAAGGCUAUCAGCUGGGGCAGCAAACGCUUUGUAAGCGAUUCUGGGAUAAGCUCAACCUGUUCCUGCGGGGAAAUUUGUCUCUGGGCUGGCAGUUGACUAGUCAGGAAACCCAUGAACUACAGACUUGCUUAAAGCAAAUUAUCAGAAACAUAAAAUUCAAGGUUCCUCAGUAUAGCACUUAUGUGGAACUGGCGCCUGCCUGUAAAAACCCUCCUGCAGCUUACAAAAAAGAAAAAAAUGAGCAAACAGGGAAGAAAUCUAAAAAACACGUGCACUGUCUGGAAAACUCCAGCCCGACAUUUUCUAAAGAACCAGUGAAAGCUGAUGCCUUUCACAUGCAAGAGAGAGUAUUGGUCAAAGCAACUAGCGCCGUAGCAGACGAUGGUAAGCAACAUUACGUAAAAGAUUCAAAGCUGCAAGACCACCUCUCAGCUGAGCUAUCCUUGAAGCAGGCUAGUAAAAGCCACCACUUGGAGAAAGCUCCAGGUUCCGUCAAGAUGGAUGCAAGGAAGCAGAAGUCUGUAAAAGAGAAUCCUUCCUACAUGCCAAAGAGGAGCAUUUCAAGAAAUGGUCCGGAAAGGGGAUGUGGCGGGGGCGCAGUGAUACCAGCGCGCUCACUAGCUAAUUCUAGCAGCGAUUCUGUGGAGAACGGGGCCGCACCAAGUGAGGACUUGGCCUUGAAGGAUGAUGCUCUUGGCAAAACCUCAAAAACAAAAAAAGCACAAAAGGAUGAUAUCUGUGCUAAGUUGUCACAUGUAAUAAAGAAACAGCACAGGAGAAGUAUGUCAGUCGGCAAUUUCGAGGCAACUCGGACUCUGUCAGACAUUGAGAGCUUCUAUGCAAAGAGAGAUGCAGCAGGUCAGAAAGGGGAUGGCUUCGCGCACAGUGUGGGUUUAGAUCCUAACGGUGUUCUGGGUGGUGAAAAUGGAGAACAAAAGUCUCAAAGCAGUUUGUUGCUGAAAAAACAAUUUAAGAAAGAGCUAGGUAUUUUCUCUUCCUGUGAAAACAGUGAUCACGUUCAGGACUGUUCUGCUGGUGAUAAAGAUCUGGUCUCUCUUACAGAAAUGACCAGUGCUUUCAUGAAGAAAACACCGCCCUUUGAAGACCCUUUAGCUGUGUUUGAAUCGAGAGAGGACAGUGACCCGAGUGCUGGUCAGGUUUCCUCCGCCUUGAGAGAGCAGGCUUCGAGCGCCAGUCCUUCGUCUGACACCCUAACAGAUUCGCAGGUAGACAGAGACCUCCACAAGUUAUCUUUAAUAGCUCAAGCCAGUGUUAUUAAGUUUCCCUCAGAUUCAACUCAAAAGAGUCUGUCCCCUCUACAAGGAAAAGUGAAAGAAGAUGAAAGGUGUUUUGUAACAAACCAGAAUACCGUUGCGGCAGCCCGCUGUGGACAGGUUAUUAUUAUUUCAGAUUCUGAUGAUGACGACGAUGCAAGAAUGCUGGAGUUUGAGACCCACAUCAGACAAGAUAAGGUGUGCGUGGAGAAGCAAUAUCCAGAGCCGCGUGCUCUGAUCACUGACGUGUGUGUGGAAAGAGUGGUAAAGGAAGAGGAGGCAAUGGAUAUUUUACAGCUGGAAGAAUCUGAGUCUCAGUUUUUUGAGUUUGAAAGUCCCCAUGAAGUGUUUUCAGUUUGGCAAGAUCAGAAGCCGGAUGACAAGCAUUCCACUCAAGAGGAUGAAGGAAAGUCGGGUGUGACACGCAGAGCUGCUGUCACAAACCACUGGACUUGUGAUCCUAGUUAUGAGUUUGAAGAGGCCAUGGAAAAGGUGGCAGAGGGCCCCGGAGGACGUGCAGAAGCACAGGGUGCUGGUGUUUCUGUCACAGAAUUUUUUAAAACAAAGAGAAAACGAUUUGAAAAACCGGUAGCCGAAGAUCCUGUAAGGUCGUCAUCUGCCAGCAGCAAGGACCAGUCUGAUAUUCUCAGUGAGAGAGAGCUGACUGACGGCGAUUUUAAAAUUACUGACAUAAAGACUGUAAGUCCCAACUCAAGCUCCGAGAACAGCGCCGGGGCCGCUCUAAAGAAGUCUUCUCCAAAGCUUCGUGCUUACUCUAAACCCAUCAGGAAGGUCCCAGUCUCUAAAACUAAGAAAACACAUCCAGAUACCAAGAAAGGGCAGAAUAAAAAUCCUAACUAUAUAAGCUGCAGGACAACGCCUGCUAUUGUGCCUCCGAAGAAGUCUCGCCAGUGUCCUGAGCCCAUGUCCACAGUGGAGAAACUUGGCCUGAAGAAGGCUCCUCGCAGGGCGUUUGAGCUGUCGCAACGCUCUUUGGAUUGCAUAGUGCAGUUGCGUGACCAUGGCAAGACCGUGGGAGCCGUUGAUACCAGAAAGAAGACUAAGUUGAUCACUCCUCAGACUCUCUCUGUUAAAAAUAACAAGAAACUGCUGACGAGUCAGGAUCUUCAGCUGCGAAGGCAGGUGAGACCCAAAGCACCACAAAACAGACACGCACGCUUUGAGAACGAAAACGCCAGGCCCCGCCCAGCACAGAGUCCCGACGAUGUGGUCGCGCCAGACUCCAGUCGCUCAGAUUGUAAACGAGGCGCCGAAGCAGCUGCAGCCAGUAACGGAAAGUUGACCCAGCGCACGUCUGAGCCAGAAUCCGUGAAAGCAGUGUGUGCUUCCGAGGCGACCAGUGACACUUCUCCUGUGAGCCAGUGUGGGUCUGUGGCACUAAACGGAAGAAUACUGGCGAGUGAGGCCCUUGCCUCCGUGUCCGAGGGCCCUGCAGGAGGGGGCGUCCGCACCUCACCCUUGGCCACGCGAAAGGAGCCAGAACCCGAGGCCGGCAGCGAUGCGGAGGACGAGAGUUUGUUUUUAACACAGAACGAUCCUGAAGAUAUGGAUUUGUGUUCACAGAUGGAGAUCGAGAGCGAUGCAGUCCCCGAGCCCGCCCAGAGGAGAGACGCAGUUCAGGUGGGCGGAGAUGCCCCCGUGCGGCCUCACUUGGACGCUCCGAGCGGUGUGACGUGUAGGCACAGAGAUUGCAACGAAGCUGUGCCAGCCCCGGGCGACUGCUGCCCAGCCCACGCCGAGGCCAGAGCCGCCGAUGAAGGCGUGUUCCGCAAGCCCGCCCUGCCCCUGCCGGCCUCCAAGCCCCUGCGGCCUUCCAGGACUAAGAUUUUCAGUUGUACCUCACGCAGUGCUAACCUCUCCAGGUCUUUGGAAAAUGACGCUGUGCUCCCCCCAGCUCUGAAAAACAAGUCAAAUGGGGUGCAGUCCAUUGUGAAAGCACCACAACCGGCCUGCCUGGUGACCCCGAAGCCGGUGGGGGAGGGCAAGAGUGUGUGCAGUGCUGUCCCUUCGCCGCCCCCGAGCACCCCCAGCAGGCCGGCCGGCAGACUUCCGUUUGCUGAGAGCAGACCCUUCUCCCCGGCUUCGCCGGCCAGCAGCCCCCUGCUGUCGCAGUCCAUCUCCGACGCCUUCGUUAAAGAGGUCUUGAAGUGGAAAUACGACAUGUUUGUGAUCUUCGAUCAGUGCGGGCCCCCGGCGAGCCUGUGCCAGUCCAUCUCGAGACCGGUGCCGGUCCGCUUUCAGGACUACAGAGAGUACUUCAGUGUGUUUUUCCCCCUGAUGGUGCUGAAUACUUUUGAAACAGUGGCACAGGAAUGGAUGAGUUCUCCAAAUAAAGAGAAAUAUUAUCAGUUGCAUGUACGAAAAUUUCCUGCUGAAUAUAAAAAAAGCUGGGAGUUUGUGGCUUAUCUCAAGGAAUGUGAACUAGCUAAACAGCUUCAUCCAAAGGAAAAUGAUUUGGUGUUUUUGGUUCCUGAAAAACUCAGUGGAGAGAAGGAUGCGGAGAGAAACUGCUUGCAAGAUCCCUAUGACUAUUACUGUGGUUAUGUUCACAAAUUCCGCCGCACUUCAGUCAUGCGUAAUGGGAGGUCUGAGUGCUCCCUUUCCAUCCAGACUCAAGAUACUCUGCCAGUCGGCUUAAAUGAAUUGGUGAGGUGCACUGUAAUCAGCUCUCUGGUCACCACACAAAGGAAGUUGAAAGCCAUGUCUCUGUUGAGUGGUCGCAACCAGUUGGCCAGAGCUGUUCUGAACCCAAACCCCAUGGACUUCUGUACAAAAGACCUACUGACCACAACGUCGGAGAGAAUUGUUGCCUACUUACGAGAUUUCAACGAGGACCAGAAGAAGGCAAUAGAGACCGCCUAUGCCAUGGUGAAGCACUCCCCUGCCGUUGCCAAGAUCUGUCUGAUUCAUGGCCCACCUGGGACAGGAAAGUCGAAGACCAUUGUCGGCCUUCUGUACCGCCUCCUGACAGAGACCCAGAGGAGGGGACAUUUGGAUGAGAACUCUAAUGCCAAAAUCAAACAGAACCGUGUCCUCGUGUGCGCCCCUUCCAACGCGGCUGUUGAUGAGCUGAUGAAAAAGAUCAUCCUCGAAUUCAAAGAAAAAUGUAAAGACAAGAAGAAUCCUUUGGGAAACUGUGGAGAUAUAAAUUUAGUACGUCUGGGCCCAGAAAAGUCUAUUAACAACGAGGUCCUGAAGUUCAGCUUGGACAGCCAAGUCAGCCACAGGAUGAAAAAAGACUUGCCCUCUCAUGUUCAGGAGAUGCAUAGAAGAAAGGACUAUCUGGACCUCCAGCUGGAUGAGCUCUCCCGGCAGCGCGCCUUGUGCCGGGUGGGCAGGGAGAUGCAGAAGCAAGAAUUAGAUGAAAAAAUCGCCAGAGUUUCAAAAGAAAGGCAGGAACUUGCUUCUAAAAUUAAAGAGGUUCAAGGACGCCCACAGAAGACGCAGAGCAUCAUCAUCUUGGAGUCCCACGUCAUCUGCUGCACGCUGAGCACCAGCGGCGGCUUGCUGCUGGAGUCUGCUUUCCGUGGGCAAGGAGGCGUCCCCUUCAGCUGCGUCAUUGUGGACGAGGCGGGGCAGUCUUGCGAAGUUGAGACCCUCACUCCACUCAUCCAUCGUUGCAACAAGCUCAUCCUCGUGGGAGACCCCAAACAGCUGCCCCCCACGGUCAUCUCCAUGAAAGCGCAGGAGUAUGGCUACGACCAGUCGAUGAUGGCGCGCUUCUGCAAGCUGCUGGGCGAGAACGUGGAGCACGACGUGAUCAGCAGGCUGCCCAUCGUGCAGCUCACCACCCAGUACCGGAUGCAUCCUGACAUCUGCCUCUUCCCCUCCAACUACGUGUACAACAGGAGCCUGAAGACCAACAGAGUGACUGAGACCAAUCGGUGUUCGUCAGACUGGCCGUUCCAGCCUUACCUCGUGUUUGAUGUGGGAGACGGCUCAGAAAGACGGGACAACGACUCAUAUGUCAAUAUUCAAGAAAUAAAACUGGUGAUGGAAAUAAUUAAACUUAUUAAAGAGAAAAGGAAGGACGUUACUUUCCGGAACAUUGGCAUCAUCACCCAUUACAAGGCCCAGAAGACCAUGAUUCAGAAGGAUUUGGACAAAGAGUUUGACAGAAAAGGGCCGGCAGAGGUGGACACCGUGGAUGCAUUCCAGGGGCGCCAGAAGGACUGUGUCAUUGUCACGUGUGUGAGAGCGAAUACUCUGCAGGGUUCCAUUGGGUUUCUGGCAAGUUUGCAGAGACUGAAUGUCACCAUCACGCGAGCCAAGUACAGCCUCUUCAUCCUUGGACACCUCAGGACCCUGAUGGAAAACCAGCACUGGAAUCACCUGAUCCAGGACGCUCAGAAGCGGGGCGCCAUCAUCAAGACCUGUGACAGGAACUAUAAACACGACGCCACGAAGAUCCUGAAACUGAAGCCCACUCUGCAGCGGAGUCUGACUCACCCUCCUGCCGUGGCCCCCGAGGCGUGCAGACCCCCCGGCGGCCUGCCGGGCAGCAGGCCGGACACGUCGCCCUCUGCGUCUUCCCUGUACCACACCCCUCCCGACGCCAGGGAGUCCGCCGUUCCUGCGAAGGACACUGGGAAGUCCCCUGCGCAGGACCAACUCCGGGACCCGCGCCUGCUCCGGCGGAUGGGCCUGGCCCCCGAGGCGCAUCUCAGGGACCCGCAGCCCCCGAGCCCCCAGCACCCUGCAGCGACGCCGCCGUGCGGGGAGCCCGGCUUCCCGGGGAGCCCCCAGGACCUGGGCAGUGCUGUGCCGCAUUCCACCAUCAGAGGGGCCUCUCUGGGCAGCCACCAGCCUCAGGCGCAGAGCGAGCCCCUGGCUGCCGGCCCGGAGGCCGCCUCCAGCAAAAGGAAGUGCGAGCAGGGCGGGGAGCUGAGCCACAGGCGGGAGGCCAGGGCGCUCAGUGACGGGGACCAGGACACUCGCCGCGCCGCGAGCCCUCCCGUGGCCUGGGGCUCGGGCUGGGACCCCCGCAGGGCAGAGGACGAAGGCAGCUCAAAGAAAAGGAAGCUGUUGUAGGGGAGCCGGGCGCUGUGGACAAGACGGACACUGGCUCGUGGACUGUCCGGACGAGGGUGGUUUUUUUUUUUUUUUUUUGGUUUUUUUGGGGCCUCGAAGGGGACAUGUGUACUGUUGGAAAUGGGGUGACACACACGCCGUACCCUGGUGUGCUGGCCGUGGCGCCCCAGGCACCCAGGCCUGACUGCUCCUCACCUGCAGAACGGGCACGGAGCGCUGUGCGGUGGAGCGCACCUCCGUGGGCGGGGGUGGGCGAAGCCAGCUAGGG